CUCACACAGCCCAGGGGUCUCUGGAGUGUUGUGUUCAGACAACCAAGGACUGUGUCUAGGUGUGCGAGGGAAGGCCUCUGCAUCAUCUUCAGGAGUGAUUUCAGCUGUUGCUGAGAAGGCAGCCAUGCUCGAACCAGGAAACCCGCAGCCAGUUUUGCUUCUUGAGUCAGACACUAGCCAGUGCCUGAUUCACCGAAGCAAUGGAGUCACGCUUGCUGUUUUCAAGAGUCCUGAGACCACCUAGAGAUGUGGCUCCGUCUGUGAUCUGGGAUGCAAGUUCCUUUGCUUCCUUAAGACUUCCCAUGUGGAUAUUGAUCCAGGAUUUUUAUUUGGAAAUGUUUCAAGUGCUGCAGACAGAGCAAAGGUUGCACUGUCUUAAUAAGUGUUAUUUUUCAAAGCUCAUAUUGUUUAUUUGAUUGAGAAUGUUAUGAUCUCUAUGCAAAAUGAGGUAAUUAUUUCCUUCAAAAGUUUCAGUAUUGACCAUAGAAAUGUGUUUUUGAAUCCUGUUGCAGACCAUUGGUAAUUUACUAGCUACCUCCACUAUGGUAACAAUUUAAAGUUAAAUUAAGUUUAAUAGAACUAAAAAUUAUAUCAGCAGUUGAAAGUUCUAUUCAUAUUCAUAUACCCAAUUACCCAAAAAUUGACUUUUUAUUACUAAUUACAUCAAAAAGUUUAUCAUUAAUAUCAAACAGUUGUUAAGAAAUAAAGACCUUGUUUAGUUCAUUAUAUAUAUAUAUAUGUAUAUUUUGUACUGAAAGCAGGUUUAACCUUUUAAACAAGCAAAGUACCGUCACCAUAUUUUCUUGUUGCCAAAUAUCAACCUUUUGCACGAGAAAUUGUUUGUAUGAACUUAAUUGUGUAUAUUUUAGAGGUGGUUGAUUUUUUUUCCCUUCCAAAAUACUGUAUUACGAUGAACUAUUAAAAGAAUUUCAUAGAGACAUGUACAUGUGUGUGGGUGUUUGUAUAGUUGAGAUACAGGUAUAAAUGAAAUAAAAUAAUGUUUUCA